AAUAUUUAUUUAUUGUUCUAGUAGACACUUCAUAAAUGCGCCGCGAGUUGUUAUCUUUAAUUAACCCUUUGAUCAAAAUUUAUAAACAAGUUAAGCAAAACCACUAUAAUUCCGAUUUAUUUGUCUGUGAUGAUUGCGACUUUUAAUGGAGAUGAAAUGUUACGAAAAAUUACAUCAUACGUGAGUAAUAAAAAAUUAUCUUGAUUUGAAUAAAGUAUAAAAUCAUAUAGACGAUUGUUGCUCGAUUCAGUAUCGAAUAGGUUUUUAAUAUGUCUUAUGCAGAUUUAGAUAGUGCGGUUCGUAGUACCUUUUCAGUACCUUACGACCAGCAGCUUGAUUUUACAUUGAAGCACUGUAGUGGCGACCACGACAUUCUAGUCUUAGACAUUAUAAAAAAUGCCACAUCGAAGAAGUAUAUUGCAGUACCAGGCGUUCAACAUUCUCGAGAACAUAGUACAAGUUAUAGAAGAGAGAAUAACUUAGUAGUUCCCCCGGUAUUUAGUUUUCAACAUAGCAAUAAUGAAAAUUACACUGUAUUUGGAUUCGAAAAACUGUACCGAUGCUGUGCUGUGGAGAAAAAUAAUCAAGAACAUUUAGAAAUUAUAUUAAAGAGUCUGGCUGAGUAUCAAGCUUCGAUCUUAACAUUAGAAAGGGAACCAUUAGAGAAAGUCACCAUUGAUAUAGAAGAACUGUUCGGCAAGGUAACUUUUUUAGACUUUUUUAAAAGCAUUGAAGAAACCGAAUUAGAAAAAAUUAAGAUUCGUUUGCAAACAAAUUUAAACAAAUUUUUAACAAGCAACUUCUUAGUCAGAAGUGUAGGUUGCUCUUCGGGAAAAAAUAUAUACAUUGACUUAGAAAAGAAGCAGAGUAUUUUCUUAGAUAAAUUAAGCGAACAUUUGGUCCCACCUGUAUAUGACGCAUUAUUGUAUAUUUUUAUAUUCAGUGAUGAAAAAUUUCGACAACGGCAUUUUGCUGAUUUAGUAGACACAUAUUUUAAGUUUCUGGUAAAGUUUCUUGAAAUAAAAAAGAAAAACAGCUCAUCUAAUAUUACUCGAAUUUACAAAGAGACAACAGUACGAAUAUUAUUACCUAUUGUUAAAUGUCAAAUAGCUACAACACCCAAGCCACCUGUAGAUUUGUUAUCUAAUAUUCUUAAGUUUUUAAGGUGCCAAUUUAUCAACCAAGAAGACGUGUACGAAGUUAUUGAAAAUAAAAUAAACUCAAAAAAUUAUGAUUUUGUUGAUUACAGUUUGACAAGUUUAAAUAGAAAAUCUGGACAUUCUGGACAGUAUUUUAGCUUGGAUAUAAAAAUUAACAGUAACGCAGAAGUAAUUAAUAUGAAACUGUUUGCGAAAGUACUCGCUCCUACAAUUGAAUUUCUUAAAGAUAUAAUAGAAGAGGGAAUAGGAGAAAUUGAAGAUGUAUUUUAUUUAACAUUACUGCCCCUAUAUAAGAAACAUGGAUUAGAACGAUUGCUAGAUUUUGCUCCUCGAUGUUAUUUAAGCAGGGUUAAUUGGAUUCUAGUACUAGAUGAUAUGGAUGAACGUGGCUUCGUAACAUUACCACUUAAUAAAACUUUAAAUCUGGAUGGUUUAAAAGCUAUAAUUUCGCAACUAUCCAAAUUUGUAGCUGCCACAUUCAUUGUAGAAGAGAAUGUAUCACGCAAGGAAGGCAGACGGUUUCAAUUAGACGAACUCUAUCCAGCAAGCUUCAAAGAAAACGUCUUUUCAGAAGAUGAAGGUUGUAAACUUAAAGAUAUUUUAAAGAGUUGCAGAGAAGGCAUGAAGUACAUAAUGGAAAAGUCACCAGAAAUUACAAAACAGUUUCACGUUCCUCAAGAAAAGAUAUCUGAAAAUAUCGACGAAUUAUUCAGAACGAUGACGAAAAAAAUCUCUAAAUCUGAUGUUUAUAGAAACGCAGUUACUCACGGAGAUAUGCAUUUAGGGAAUUUGAUGUUCCGAUGUAAUUCAGAUGAUUCUAUAUCUGAAGGUGUUUUAAUAGAUUUCCAAGUUUUGCGAUAUUUACCUCCAGUUUUUGAUCUGCUACAGUUUAUUAAUGGAAGCACGACAAGAGAAAUUAGGCUAAAAUACAAGGAUCAAUUGCUGAACGAUUACUACAACGAUAUUGCAAAAUAUCUUACGGAGUUCGGAUACGAUCCCGAAAAUGUCUUUCCAAGACAGUCCUUUGACGAGAAUGUUAAAUACAUGCGCUCAGCUGGAUUAGCAUCAGAACUAUUUUACUGUUACUUAGUCAAAAUUGAAGCUGAAACUAGAGAAAGGUUGUUUUUAGACCCAGAAAAUUUGAAAUAUUAUUUCAUAGAUAACCCAAGGGAGCUUGUAGACUAUUUGUGGACUAGUGACGAAUUUUUCAAGCCAUCCAUGCAGGAUGUUGCUUACGACUUAAUGGAAUAUUUUGCUGACCAAAAUAAAUAAUUAUAGUUUGUAUCAGUAUGAUUAUUGUAAAUAAUAAAUUGUUAUGGACAAAAAUAA